AUGGCUGUCACCUUGAACAAUAUCAAAUUCUACCAUCCCCCUUCUCUCCCUACACGGCCUUUGAAAAGCACGCCUCCCAAUCACAAUCACACUUCCAUCUCUUCUCGUACAUUAAAGAGUACUGAUCUGGCCCCGAAUCAUUCCACACUCCCAUUUCCUCCGUUAUCACAGCUAGCAUUACCUCACCCCUUACCUCCCCGGCCACCAGCUAUCUUCCCCUCUAGUCAUCAUACAGCAUCUGCUUCUCUCUAUGUCCCCUCUAGCAUAUCGCAUACACCUGAUCCUGGUCCUGUGUGCAAGAAUGAUUUCGAUCGAGCGUUGGAUGACUUGUUGUCUGCUAAGAAUGGCGAGAAAGAAGAGGACGGGGAGCCCUCUAGUCGUCUUCCUGCACAAGAUAAAUCUUAUAAGAUUUUGACCCAAACGACAGCCAGCUUGCUCUCAUCCAGCUUCACCCUGCGGAAACCCGUGGAAUCGCCAGCAGAAGCGAAGCCCACGCACCCAAAGCCACGUGAUGAGUCGCAACCACGGGAACAGCCCAAUGAUCUCGCGUGCACAACAUCUAUGGACACAUCGCCGACAUUCUGUACCUCUGAACUGCAUACAUCUGCGCCGCACGAACCCAAACAUCAUUCGACGUAUACGACCAUACUAACCUCCGCACAGGAUUCAUCCGUACCCAAUCAAGAAAAACAUUCGGAGACUUCUCGAAAAAGUUCAGUCCCAAUUCAUAGCCCCGAACCUGGCGGAGCCACCGUAGGAAACGACAGUAUGGACUUUCAGGGAAGCUCUGGAGAAUUAGAGCGUGCCAGCUCGUGCCCAACAGGAGAUUUAUCAAAAAGGAAGAGAAGUCCAUCAGUACACUUGUCUUGUCUGCCCACUCCGCUGGUUGUAGUUCCGGCUCUGUCAUGUUCUGCUUUAUUGCGCAAAAAAUCUAGUCGGCAGAAUUCCGACCGUUCGCAGAACUCGAAAAAUAUGGUCGAAGAUCCCCACGAAUCGGACUCAGCUCCUUCUGACGACGAGAAUGAUGCAGACUACCUGGAUCACCCCGAGAUAGAGGACGCUAGCGAUAGCUUGCGCCCAUCCAAGCGUCAUCGUAGAAGUCCAGGCGACGUUUCGUCAGCCUCUCGAGAAGUACCUAAACAUCUAUCCUUGGAGUCCCCACCUGCUGAACAGCCAGAGUCACCAUAA